AAAAGUGACGUUGAAAUAUGUGAACUCCGGUUUUUAUGGUGGGACCCCUCCUCCACUAUUUUCUGGCCCUGUCUUUUUUUUUUUUUUCCUCAUUCAACAUUAAUUAAAAACGAUCCAUCAUGAAGUUGAAGCAACUUAAAGUCAGACCAAAGAAGAUCCUUGAAGCCAGUCCUUGUAUUGCCGAAAUGGGAGCAUUAUUCGAAUGUUGGGCAACUGCAGGUGUUGAUGAUAAACGUUGUACAGCUAUUGCAAAGUCCUUGACACUUUGCAUGGGCAAACCUGUGCAAAAAGCAAAGAACACAAACACAAUUAAUUAUCAUUUAGCACGUUUAAGUAAACAGUUAUAAUGGAUCUUUUCCCACCUUUUUUUUAAAGAAAAAAAAAAAAACCUGUAUAAUAAAUAGAGAAGCCAGCAUUCUAAUAAAAAAAAUAUAAAAAGAUAUUUUUAUUUAAUAAAACAAUUAUAUUUAAUUGUCAAU